AUGUGUGUCGAGAUGGGCCUAGAGUGCUUCUAUCAGCAGCCAGCAGGGGCGCCGGGGAAACAAUACUCUACAGAGCUCGAGGGAAGGCUGCACUCUAUUGAAGAGACUCUACGUCUACUGGUGGGGAGACAAGAAGCAGCUGCCCCCCCUUCAUUAAACGCUAGAAGUGUACUGGAUUCAGAAGAUGCCGAAGAGUCAAUUAGAGAUGACUCUCAAGCUCAAAUCCAAUUUGAAGACACGGUGGACGGAAUGGGGGCCAUUACCUUUGCAGAUGAACAGGAAUCUGGUUUCUUCGGACCUUCUUCCAACAUUGCCUUCAUUGGACAGAUCACACACGCCAUGGCUACCGCUGCAAACGCGGACCCCACACGAGCUCUCCCAGUUGAUGCAAGGAUGGAGGGUGCAAUGAUGAGCAUCUCUCGACCAGCAUCACCAAUCGCCGGAGCACAAAGUCUAGACCAUAGUCUUUCGGCGGCAGUGGAUGUUUACAGCCUUCCACCCGAAGCAGACAUGUUACACCUUAUCCGACUAUUCUUUGCCGACACAGGGAUGCUAUUUCCAUACGUGCACGAGGGCUCUCUGCUGGAGGAGUUUGCUGCGGCAAAACAAAACAAUUUCACAUCAAUCAGGCGCUCAUGGUUAUGCCUAUUAAACAUGAUCCUAGCGUUUGCCACUUGUGUCAGCGCCCGACCCGACUUGCCUGUCGAACGAAAUGCGGCAGAGUCAGAUGUCUUCUUCAAGCGCGCCCAAGCUUUGUCUGGAAAGAUGGCAUUCAGAACGGCAAAUGUCGAGAUAGUUCAAUAUCUAUUGUUGAUGACGCAAUUCCUUCAAGGAACACAGCGCUCUGCUCAAACAUGGAAUCUGCAUGGGCUCACAGUAAAAGCGGCACUCCAGUUGGGGCUCCAUACCUCUAGUUCGUACACCAAAUUUACGCCUCUUGAGCGAGAGAUAAGGAAACGCACUUGGUAUGGCUGUGUAGUUCUUGAUCGGACGCUGAGCAUGACAUUUGGUCGUCCCCCAGCGAUACCAGUUGAGUACGUUCAGAUGGCACUUCCUUUAGAUGUCGAAUUUGAUGGAAUCAAUGCCGUCACUGGCCCACACAUGGAAAUGCUGGGCAGCCCAUCAACAGUAUCAUUUUAUAUCUUCACAAUAAAGCUCUACUCGAUCCUAGGUGAUGUAAUUGCCGACCAAUAUGGCCAAAAUCUCGGUUGUGCUCCACAGCCCUCAAUCUCUCUGAUGCUUGAGAGCGUAAUCAGGUUGGAGAGUAAGCUACUGCAAUGGAGACGCGAUCUGCCGUUGCAGCUCAGGGCCCGACCGUGGGACGAUACACUAUCUGAAUCUACUCAGAACAUAAUUUUUGAUCGUCUCUCGAUCAUCCUCUCACUGCGCUAUCUUAAUACUCGAAUUCUGCUCCACCGGCAAGUCCUGGCAAGAUUUUUAGAGCAGAUCAACAACGGCGAUAGAAACUCUGAAGAGGGGCUUUUCUUACGUCAAUUUGGACAUGGAAGCCUUCACGUCUGCUUAGAAUCUGCUUCUGAAAUCAUCUCUAUUGUUCACAAGAUGGGAAAGAAGCCGUCUCUUCUUGGAGCUUGGUGGUUCUCAACCUACUAUACUUUCAACGCUGCUCUUGCGGUGUUUUCUGGUCUUUUGAUUCAGGCGAAUGGAAUAGCAGGCCCUAUGACUGCUGGAUUGGAGACCGAAGACCUUCGGACAAGCUUGUAUCUAGCCGUCGAGGCACUGCAAAAUCUUGGUGGCGGCGCGCGACUAGUACAGAGAUGCCGUAAAUAUCUCGAAACACUCGUGCGGGUCGCUGCAACAACAAAAGGUGGAGGCAAUGCUCAAGCAAAUUGGUUCAACAUUCUCCAGCCGGGCGAGUUGGACUCUUCUCAAAUGCCAGGCUUCCCCUCCGCACCGUCUCGCUCUGACACGGAAUUAUCUCCUCUUGGAUUAGAUCUUGGAGAAUUUUUGACUGAGGAUAAUCUUGAAUUUCUUACUGGGCUCAUGGAUUCAUCGCAACAGGUUGUAAUGGAGGUUCCUAUACAAAGUUAUUGA